AUGCUGCUGCAGUGCCAGGCUGUAGCUUACUCUGUGUCGACAGUUGACGAGUAUUCUGUCAGCUAUUCACCCCGUCAACCACCUAACAAACCACCCAACCGUCAACGCACACCCAACCACACUACAAAGCCACCAACAAAACCCAGCCACCUUAACAUCAACCAUCCGAUACCAUCUAACCGCAAUCUACUCAGCCACCCACCAGCCAACAAACAACCCAAUCGAAAGCACAACCCACUCACCAUCAACAUCCAUCCGACACCAUUUAACCGACAAUACAUCCCAGCCCCCAACAUUAAACCACCCAACCUAAAAUACCAACCACCUGACAAAACCACCCAACCGAGACCACACAGCCGAUCGCACUACAAAACUGCCAACAACACCCAGCAGACACGGCCUCUCGACUACCAACACCAUCUCGCCGAGUGA